AAUAAUAAAUAAUAAAAACAUUAUAUUUUACGUAGUCAUUUCUACUGACAAAGGAAUUAUUAAACUUAGCGAAAUCAAAAAUGGAGGAACCAAAAUUUGGUUUGGAUACAGCACCACCAAAAUGUGUAAUAGUGUUUGCAAUUUUAUUAACAAUUCUACCACUUGUUGGUGCCUUGUUAUUAAGUUUAGCUGUUAAAAACUAUGCAUUAUGUUGGUUAAAAACAUUAAAAAUACCAUCGUAUGCACCACCAAGAUGGUCUGAAGCACCUGCAUGGACUAUAGUUUAUUGUGCAAUUGGUUAUGCAUCGUUUUUGGUAUACCGCGAAGGAAAUGGUUUUCGUGGAUGUGCCCAGAUACCGCUUACUUUAUACGUUGCCCAAUUAUUAUUAAAUUGGGGAUUCAUUCCAUUAUUUUUUGCUCGACAUAAAUUAAAAUGCAGUUUUUAUGAGAUUCUACUUUUGGAUAUAACCGCAACAACAUGUGCUGUUUCGUUUUACCUAAUUAAACCAAUAGCUGGUUUAUUAUUUAUACCAUAUAUUUUAUGGCAUGUGUAUGAAACUAUUGUAACAUACGCUAUCUAUCGUGAUAACUAUCAAAGUGGAUUAAAACGUUUAAUUAAUGAAGAAAUUCUAAAACCUGAAUUAAUUAUUGAUAAUGACAUGAAGAAAUAAUUAAUUGUUUUUUUAAAAUUGUUUAAAAUAAGUCAUAUUAAAUAAGCAUAGAGUAUAGUACUAUAAAUCAUU